CCACACCUACCUACAUGUACGUAUCCAGCAUGGCUGCAAGAAAUGCAGACACAUGGAGGAGGAAAGCCAGUGAGCUGGGCAAGCUGCUGAAGGAUGGAGGAGAGGAAGAGAAGAGAAUGUCAGAAGCUCUGGGCUACCUCAGCUCCCUCAUGUAUCCAUUGGAAGGCCUCACCACAGAGGUGAUAGAGGUUCUGUUGAGGCAGUUUGCAGAGGGAAGGUGUGCCGAACUGAGCAGUGAGUGCACUGUCAUGCUGGGACGACUCGUAUCAAACCUCAUCACCUAUCAGAAGGCGUCCCUAUCGUCUUCGACCCAAGAGGGUCUUCUUUCUGUGUUCCUGUCACGACUCACCUCAGUGAGACCCCCCACAGAGCUGCUCUACGCCUGUGCUGCACUCGCUCAGGCCGGUACCACCCACUGUCAAUCACAGGAUAUUAAAACGCUCCUUGAAUCGUCAGGGACUGUGGUUAACAUGGCAACAACGGGUUCCGUCGAUGUGCAGAGGGCAGCCCUGAACUACAUUAGCACCUUGUGUCAGGACAAGGAUUUCAAGGGUGUCUCUACUCCCCAACUGUUGGAGCUCCUCCUCUCAGCGUUUCUCUCCCCUACAAAAGAGACUGACACACUGCUGCAGAUAAAGUUGGUUUUCUCCCAGCUCAAGUGUCUCCAGGCGCUCCUCUCUCGCUCCCCCGUCCUCCAGUCCUCUCCCCACCUCACUAACCUCCUAGCCGUCCUCAGGGCAGCCAUGACACUCGGUCUCCCCGGACAACCACACACUCUUCAGGCGGCCCUCCCGUUGGCGCUACCUGUCAUUCAAUCCCCUAAGAUUGUCACGCCACCACCACCCUCCCCAAAACAGAGGCCACAAAUAAUCGCUGGACCUCAGCCGAGGAGGAGGCAAAAACGAGCCAAAGAUCAGAAACAUACAAGUAAAAUUGGACGUAGUCAUGAGUCUAGUGAUAGAGAAGCCUCGUUGGGUGAUCACGUGAAACUCCACCCUUCUGUUAGUUUUGGUGGCCGUGGCUGUUCGUGGUCCAGUUCCGAGAGUGACGUAUCGGACAGUGAGCCAGCUCCUAGUCAGAUCAAGGUAGUGCACGGCAAGAUUCGACACCUGGCCUUCUCGUGUCUCACUGCUGUCUUCAAGAGUUUGGACACUCACACUAAGUUCUCGUUUGGGCUGACGUUCCUCCCUGAUGGACCACGCCCCCCAAACUCACCCCCCUCUCUAAUGACUUGCGUCCUCAAAGACCCACUGCCUAAGUGUCGAGGUGGAGCUCUGUCAGUUUUGUUCACAUUGCUGGAGGGAUCAAAGGUCUACCUCGCUCCAGCAGAUGACAGACCACGACCGUCUCAAGCAUUCACCCCAUACUCAGUUACCCUGGGCAACAUAGUGCAGGAGCUUCAUCGCAGCCUCCUCCUUGCCAUGGCAACAGAGAGUCAGCAUAAUACACUGACACAGGUGGUCCGUACAUUGGCUCAGUUGGUGGCCAACUGCCCCUAUCAUCAGCUGUCUGAUGGCUAUGUGAGGAGGGUCACAGUGGCAAUCGAACGUUACUCUACACACAGAGAUACCAAUGUCCAAGUUGCUUGUUUGACGUGUGCCGGUGCCGUGGUUUCCAUCAGCCCUCCUCUGCCUGAGGUCAUUAAUUGGAUCACUAAUGAAGGGGGCUCCCCCUGGAUCUUGGAAUUCUGUCUCAUACUACUGCAAACACAAAACCCGCUAGUGCUUCAGACAGAGGCACUUCAGGUGUUGACGGCGUUGCCACGAUUCUACUUCCCUACGUUGGGAAGCUCAUGGGUCAAGAUGGGGGAGGUGUGUGUUUCACUACUCAGCAGGGCCAGAGAGGGGCUGCAGCAACACCUUCUCAAGGUGUUUGAGGAGCUAGGUCGUACUCUCUCCACGCUGAACCCGCCCCCUCCAGAAGCCGUAAAAAUGUGGGAAAGUUUAUUGUCUAAUCCGCUGACUCACCUCCUCCAUACCCCCACGGACCACCCCUCACUCUGCUCUCAGAGCUGCAGUGUCCUCUCCACCAUUGGACCUCACAUCAUGAGAAGCGUGAAGGUUCCUUCCCGAGCCCUUGCUCUCACCCUCCCCCUGGGUCUGUGCAGAGAUGAGGCAUCCACCAACAGUAUAGUGGCCAACGCAGUUCGUGUUCUUGGCGUGUUUGUGACGUAUGAUUCUUUGAGAGAGGAUGAGAGCUUCCUAAUUGAUAGUCAGUCAGCCAUCCUCCAUUGUCUGGGUCUCCCUGCCCUCGCUGUGCGUGUUCAGGCCUCCUGGGCUUUGGCUAACUUUACGGACCCCCUUCCUUCCUCCCCUCACCCUGCAUUAAAGCACUCUCUCUACUCAGCUACUAUCAGAGCGUUGAAAGAUGCUGACAAAGUGAGGUGUAACGGAGUGAGGGCAGCUGGAAACUUGCUGAAGGAGCUCACUGAAAAAGACAUGGCCGUAGUUGGUCCGCUGGUGGAGAGCCUCUCUUCUCUUGUUGCCAGCUGUAUUGAGACUGGCUCUGUCAAGGCCCGAUGGAAUACCUGCUAUGCUUGCUACAGUGCCCUCUCCAACAUUGUGUUUGGGCAACACUGCCCAUCCAGCGUGGCGGAAAUGAUGACUCAGUUGUGUACUGCAGUUCAAGCGUCAAAAAACUUUAAGGUGCGAAUCAAUGCUGCCCUGGCCCUCAGUGCUGGAGUGCAGUACUUGUCCUCAGAGGCAGCCAUGUUUGUGGGAGUGUGGGACGCUGUGCUCAUUGCUAUGGAUACCAGUGACCAACAGGUGGAUUUCUCGGAGUACAAGCAUGCCAGCACAUUCAAAACGCAGCUUUUGACCACACUAAUGCUGAUGUUGUGUGUGCUCACUCCUGAUCAAGCCAUGCUGGUGAAGGAGAAACCUCUCACACCUUCACUUGAAGACAAACUCAUACAGACAAUCAAGAUGGCUGACAGUGAUGGUGACUCGGAUGAGGGUGGGAGCAAGCCGAGGGAGGUCCUGAGGAGAGCUGUUGCCAACCUAUCUCAGCUGAGCCAAUCGAAUGAUUUUGCUAACACAUCCUUAGAGACUCUGUUGAAGCUUCUUAGCAAAGCUGAACUAUCAGUUCUAUAGACCACUCUUACUACCACGCACUUGUUACUUUUCUAUAAUAGCCUCAGUCAAUAAAAGGUAUUCUAAGAG